GAGUAGUUUUGCAUCUCGGGUCAGCGACUAAGUGGUUUGUAUAGCUGCAUUCGUGAGAGCAACAGGUGGCGCAGGACGACAGAGCAUGGGAGACGCUGUGUCAAUGCCCAAAGACAGGCAGGUCUCCAUGAGAGGGUUCUCUGUGGUGUGUGAUGACUGUGGAGCUAUCUUCUACGUGUCCCACGAGAUUGUUAGCGGUCGCGAGAACAAGAAGAGAUGUAGCAGGUGCAGUGCAAUAACGAGUGAAGAGAGGGUGGGGCGACACGAAAGCCUAAGAAAGUGUUCUACUUGUCAGUCCCUGUUCUCUGUACCUCGGACGAUUUCAGAUCAACCACCAAACCAUGAAAUGAACUGCUUGAGGUGUGGUGAUACACACAGGGAGCUGAUACGCGCCAAGGACUAUGUCCAGGUGUCCCUGCAGAGGGGUAUGGACCGUAUGACAGUCACGUGCCCCCGCUCCAUGCAGGCCGAGCUUCGCAGGUGCAUCACCAACAGGCAAGAGCAGGGCUACAACAUGCUCAGUCUGACUGAAGAAUCCAUUUAACAAAGCCCGCAAGAUGUAGACUGCUACUGGUGCAAACGUUCUUCAUACACUUUACAGCAUGAAACUUACAUGUUUCUGUAACUAUGCAUUAAUUUUGUAAUGUUCAUUCAAGAGCCAUGUAUAUUUUGUA